AUGUGCUGUAACUACUACGGCAGCUCCUGCAGCCGCUGCGGCUACGGCUGUGGCUACGGCUCUGGCUAUGGCUAUGGUUCUGGCUACGGCUCUGGCUACAGCUCUGGCUAUGGCUGUGGCUAUGGCUCUGGCUAUGGCUGUGGCUAUGGCUCUGGCUAUGGCUGUGGCUAUGGCUCUGGCUAUGGCUGUGGCUAUGGCUGUGGCUAUGGCUGUGGCUAUGGCUCUGGCUCUGGCUACGGCUCUGGCUAUGGCUGUGGCUACGGCUGUGGCUGCGGCUGCUGUGGAUACCGCCCAUUUGUCUACAGAAGGUGCUAUUCUUGCUGCUAG